UUUCUCAUUAACAACUUCACCCAUUCUUCAUUCUAGCCAUUCGAAUUCCCAAUCUAAAACCCUAAUACCUUCAAAGAACCAAGUAGUGAAUCAGUGAUGGCACCUAAGGCAGAGAAGAAGCCAGCGGAGAAGAAGCCCGCGGAGGAGAAGAAGUCGACGGUGGGAGACAAGGCUCCGGCGGAGAAGAGGCCGAAGGCCGGAAAGAAGCUUCCGAAGGAGGGAGGAGCCGGCGGAGAAGGGGGGAAGAAGAAAAAGAGGAACAAGAAGAGCGUGGAGACGUACAAGAUAUACAUAUUCAAGGUACUGAAGCAGGUCCACCCUGACAUUGGUAUCUCAAGCAAGGCCAUGGGAAUCAUGAACAGCUUCAUCAACGACAUCUUCGAGAAGCUUGCUCAGGAAUCUUCCAGACUUGCCCGCUACAACAAGAAGCCCACCAUCACUUCAAGGGAAAUCCAGACCGCGGUCAGGCUUGUGCUUCCCGGUGAAUUGGCCAAGCACGCCGUUUCUGAGGGUACCAAGGCCGUCACCAAGUUCACCAGCUCAUGAACCGACUAUUAUUUGGAUUUUGUUUCUGGUUGCACACACAAAUCUGUUCUAUGUAUCUGGAGACUUAUGUUUGGAUUUUGAUCAGUAAUUGUGCAUGAACGUUGUAGGGGUGCUGAUAUAGUUAGUAUAUUCUUGGUAUGGUACAUGGAGUGGGCUGUUUCAGUAUUAAUGCAUUUAAGAUUCUCUAACA